AUGAUACCCAAAGCGUUGAUCCUCGCAUUCAUAAUCCGUGUAUUACUCACUCUAUCAUUCCCCCAGACGUAUUUCCAACCCGACGAAUUCUAUCAAGCGUUAGAACCUGCCCACAACUACGUCUUCGGAUAUGGUUAUCUGACAUGGGAAUGGAGGGAUUUACCUACCCCUCUCACGGGAAGUUGGUGGGAUAUGUACGUGGUAGCAGGGAGGAUGAGGGGAUGGAUUUGGCCUGGGGUGUUUGUAGGUGUUUAUAGGGUCUUACAGAUUACCGGACUAGAUAAGACAGAAUGGAUCGUCAUCGCCCCUAGAUUGAUUGGUAUACUGGUAGCCGCAUUGACGGAUUAUCAUACCUAUAAGCUGGCUUCGAAGCUACUAGGUCCAGGCGCUUCGUCUUCCGCUCUAUUCCUCUCCUUGACAUCUCUCUUCAAUGCACACCUAUUGCCAAGAUCAUUGUCAACUUCCCCUGAGACAUUGCUUACUACCAUGGCACUAUGUUAUUUCCCAUUACCUUCCUUAAUCCCAUCCAAACCUUCUAGCGAUAACCUUAAGCCUGCCGCAUCCGAGAAAGACAAGAAGCAGAUUAGACCAAUACAGAAUCAAGCGAAACUAGACUAUAUCGCUAUGGAUAGGGAUGUCCCCUCACUUUAUCCCGUCAUAUGUACCAACAAUCUUCCUUUGUCCAUUGUACUAGCCACGACAGCACUUUGUAUAAGACCUACAACUAUCUCUCUAUGGAUGUUUCUGGGUAUCGACCUAGUCAUCAGAACGUUGAGGAGCUCUGGAAUCAUGGCAAGUCUACGGGUCAUUGCUAUUGCAGCCAUCAGCUUUACCGCUACCUUCGCAGCAUCCACUUAUAUUGACUACCACUUCACUGGUCGACUUUACUUCCCAGCCUUGACGUUCAUCCAUCACAACAUCAUCCGAAACAUUUCGUCCUUCUACGGUUCUACUAAUCAUCUAUAUCACCUGACCCAGUCUAUCCCAAUUAUGCUGUUCCCAAUAUGGAUAUGGUGGAUCCAAGGAUUUCUCGCGUCUCUUCUUCCAUCCAGUAUCCUUCCAGCUCGACUCAAGCACCUGGACACCCCUGAACCUCUACGGUUGAUGGCUAGGGUCAUCACUUUCUCAAUUGGUAUAUUGUCUUUAUCACCUCAUUCAGAAUGGAGAUUCCUUCAUCCUCUUCUUCCAACACUUUUGAUCUUUGCUAUACCAUCACUUUCAGCCUCUUAUCGUCCCACGGUAUUUGGCAUCUACAGAUUGUCCGAUUCGAUUCGACAGUACACUAGAUUAACAAGAAUUCCAUUCUACCUGAUCCUUCUAGCACCGAUCGUACCAUUUCUUUACCUCAACCUAUUCCAUGGAAAGGCUCAAGUGGAAGUGAUGAAUGUGCUUCGAAGAGGUGAACUAGGAGAGGUCGGAUCAUUAGUAGCUUUGACUCCAUGUCAUUCAAUACCUUGGCAAAGUCAUCUCCAUCUGAAGGAUAUGGAGGGAUGGUUCUUGACCUGUGAACCUCCAAUAGGUGUUAACUCUGAGACACACCGUACUCAACAAUCCUUCUUCUACCAAUCACCCGUGUCAUACCUGCAAGAAGUCUUCCCAUACCCUCCCGCCCAAUUACAUGAAAUUGCCAAUCUCACCGCCAGUCCGGCCAAACCUACUCAUUUAGUACUUUUUGAUGAAGCUCUAAGUAGAAUAGAAACCACCAAAGGUGGAACCUCUUCUGUCAGUGACGAGUUGGUUAAUCUUGGAUAUGAGCGUGUAUGGUAUGGGUGGAAUGGGUUGAAUCUCUUGCAGGAUGAAGAAGAGAGGAAAGGUGGACUUACGGUGUGGAGGUCAGUUACGUAA